GUAAAACGCCAAAACAAAACGCCAUUUUGUUUUUGUUGGUCUCUCUUUAGUCUUCUUCUUCGCUUCUUUGAAAUUCACACCAAUUUGUCUCUCUUCCUAGAAAACAAAAAGAUUAUUUCAGAAACUUCGAAGUUUGUUUCUCCGGUUACCGGGAAAAUUGAUUGAUUCAGAUGACGAUCGGUGACCGUCAGAAUCCUAGUGUGGUGGAAGAGAAGAAAAAGAAGAAGCUCUUCAAGCUAUGUCCGUUUUGGCAGAGGAGAAGCAACACUUCUUCGUCUUCUACACAGAACCCAAGCCAGAACUACCGUAGCCGUCAUGGACAUUGGAAUACGGAUGUUUCCCCCGUCUCUAAGCCUUCCUUGACUAUGUCUUCCGUCGCCAGAUCACUUCUCCCGGCUCGUCGGCGUCUCCGAUUAGAUCCUUCCAGCUAUCUCUAUUUCCCUUAUGAACCUGGUAAGCAAGUGCGCAGCGCAAUCAAGCUUAAAAAUACAAGCAAAUCUCAUACUGCAUUUAAGUUUCAAACAACGGCGCCCAAAAGUUGUUACAUGCGUCCUCCCGGUGGUGUUCUGGCUCCAGGAGAGAGUGUUUUUGCUACUGUGUUCAAGUUUGUUGAACACCCAGAGAACAAUGAAAAACAGCAGUUGAACCAGAAGAGCAAGGUUAAGUUUAAGAUUAUGAGCCUAAAAGUGAAACCAGGAGUAGAGUAUGUACCUGAGUUGUUUGAUGAGCAAAAGAAUGAAGUAACAGUGGAGAGGGUUCUUCGGGUCAUUUUUCUUGAUGCGGAAGGCCCAAGUGCGGCAAUGGAGAAACUGAAACGUCAACUGGAUGAAGCUGAAGCUGCAGUUGAAGCGAGAAAGAAGCCUCCACCAGAGACAGGGCCUCGUGUGGUCGGGGAGGGUCUUGUCAUAGACGAAUGGAAGGAGAGAAGAGAGAAGUACCUUGCUCGGCAACAAGUGGAAGCCGUAGAUUCGUCGUCCUAAAAGGCAGAGAGCAAAUAUCGAAUUGUUAUAGGCUUAUUAUAGCGGAGGUAAAAGAAGCUCGUCUUCUUCUUAUUCAACUUCUGCAUCUGUACAUAAUUAAUUAUCCCACGGUUAUGUAUUUAUCUCUAGACGAUAACUUUGUGGUUCUUGUAUGUCUCUGUUUGUUUGUAUGCUUGCUGCGGUAUUUACUCUUUUCCAUCAAAUUUUGUUUCGGUUUAAUCCAAUUUCGUUUUACGUAUGGAA